UAAACAGGCGAGGGAAAUUAAAAUAAAAUAAAAAGGAAAACAUUUUACAAAUUUGUUACCUUUUAAAAGAGACUCAGUAUUCCUUUCUAUCACUCUCAUUAACUGUAUUUAUGUUUUUCGUGUUUACUGUAAACUCUUUGGGAACAUAUAAUAUGUCGUCCAAGAGGUGUCGCUUUGGUUUAGUUAUGUUUGUAACUGACUAAAGAGGAAAGAGUUGUGGUAUUUCGUCAAGAUUAAUAUAAGGAUCAUGGGAGAAGAAGUGUUACUCCAAAAGCUCAACUCGUAUAUUACACUUGUAAAAUUAUAUGAAGAACAUGAGACUCAAGGUGAAGCUUUGAAAUGUGUACCUUUGCAUAAGUUAAGAGAAAAAAGUAAAAAACGAUUUCUAAAUUUUUGUACACAGAGUGAUAACAUAGUUGAUGAAAAGGAUUGCCUUCUUAUUGAACUUUUACAUUGGUUCAAAAAUGAAUUUUUUUCCUGGAUGGACACUCCAAGUUGUCCUAUUUGCCAAAAAAAGACACAGAAUAGAGGAUCAACUGUUCCUUCAGUGGAAGAAGAAAAAUGGCUUGCACACCAAGUUGAAAGUUACUUCUGUGAAAGUUGUCAUAAAAUUGUUAAGUUUCCUCGUUAUAAUCACCCCAAAAAAUUGUUAGAAACAAGAAGUGGCCGUUGUGGUGAAUGGGCUAAUUGUUUUACCCUUAUUUGCAGAGCUUUAGGAUUUGAAGCUCGUUUUAUAUUAGACAUAACUGAUCAUGUCUGGUCUGAAGUAUUUUCAGAUUCUCAAAAUCGGUGGUUACAUUGUGAUCCAUGCGAGAAUGUGUGUGACAAGCCAUUGCUAUAUGAGCUAGGCUGGAAGAAAAAACUUUCUUAUGUGCUAGCCUUCUCAAAAGAUGAGGUUCAAGAUGUUACAUGGCGAUACACAACAAAUUUUGAAGUUGUUCUGGAACGAAGAAACUUGUGUGAUGAGGCAUUGUUAAUUCAUCAUCUAAUGAGAUUAACUAGCCAAUUGCAGUUGGGCUUAUCUUCUUCAAUACGUGAGCAAUUACUCAAAAGAAGAAUUCAGGAAUUGUGUGAAUUUUUAACUCCACCAUCUCCAUCGGGAGAGGAUUAUUCAGGCCGACAGUCAGGUUCUUUGUUGUGGCGUCUUGCACGUGGAGAGACUCAAUGUGAAGGAAUUACAAAACACUUUAUAUUCAGAUUAGAUAGUGAUGAGCAACAACAAAAACUUUUUCGCCUAAGAUAUUCAGCUUCUGAGAAUAAUUAUGUAAGAGAUUCAAGCCAUGACAAAAAAAUCAUUGGGUGGGAAAAUGGAACUCAUCAGCACAAGGAUGUGUUUAGAAAAGUAGAACAUGACUGGAAUAUGAUAUAUUUAGCACGUAAAGAAAAUUGUGAUAUUGGAACUAUAACCUGGAAAUUUGACUUUGAAGAUACGGAACUUAGAGUGAAUGAAGUCAUAAUCUUAUGUCAGAGUGAAACGUUUGAAAAUGGUAUUGUGGAAUGGGUGUUAACCAGUGAGAAGCAAGAAAUAAAUAUAUCUGAUGGUAAUACACCUACUCUGCUCUCAGAACUUCGAGGCUCAAGGACUUUGACCCUGACAGCUAGUCUUAGUGGAGGCCGUGGUCCUUCAGCCUGGCAGCAUGCCCAGCUUUUCAGACAAUGUGCAAAGAGCAACACCUAUCCGCUUGAUAUUUUAAUAUCAUUCUUCUGAUGUAUAUAUAAUAAGUAAAGUAUUCCAAAUAAAUUUUAGGAGUGCUAUCAUGGGUAAUGAAUCGGAUUGAUUAUAAAUAAAACAAUAAUAAUUGAAAGUGUAACUAAUAAAAUGUUAAUCUGUACACAUUCAGAAGUCUGAGAGAACAUUGUAGCUAUAAUAAUAAUAUUUCAAAUUCAAUGUAAAGUGUAAUCAGUAUUCAAAAUUAAAAAUGUUUGUUAAAAUCACAAAUUUCGAAAUGAUAGUGUAGUUUAUGGGCCUACCUUCUAUUGGACAUUACUGUAAUUAGGUGACACUAAAGCGUAGAAUCAUUCGGAGUAAAAUAUUAAAACAAAGUUUUGAUAAAACCUAUUGAAAAUAACAUACAAAAUAUUUGAAAUAAAAAAUAUAUAAUAUGUGUCAUUCUUAAAAAUUGGAGAAAUCAUGUAGUUUUGUUAUUUUACCUCUGAGUAAAUGUUGCCUUCUUUGUCCCUUAUCA